GCUGAGCCUGCGCUGCUCUCGAGGUGGCCGUUUCGCCUUCUCUGCGGCCACCGACAAUGGCCGUUGCGCCCUCCAGGCCGUCGAGCGACUCGACCGCGACUCGGACUUCAUCAGCUGGCGAUGGCGCGACCGCGGUUCCAGAACCGCUCACGCUCAAGGAGGUGCCGACCGACAGCGUGCGAGGUGAGCAGGGCGCGAGGGACAAGCCGCUCGAGCCUGGAGCAGCAGACGGCGACGCGGGCGAGGAGGCGCGGCAUGCCUCUCGAGGACGGCGGGUGUGGAACGCGACAAAGCGGGUCCUGGGGCUGCUGGUCGACCAAUGGUUCCUCAUCGGUAUCGGCGUCUUCAUCGUUCUCGCAUGGCGCUUCCCCAACGUCGCUCGGCAAGGCGGCGUGAUCCAGUCUGAGUGGAGCAUCCGGCUCUUGUGCGUCGCGAUCAUCUUCACCAUCAGCGGUCUUUCUAUUCCACCUCGCAACAUGUACCUGCGCGCGCUCGACUGGCGAUUACACCUCGUCUGCAACAUCACGACCUUCCUCCUCUUCCCUGCCAUCGUCUUUGCCAUCGUCUCGGCGGUCCAAGCCGCCGACCCCGAGCACAAGCGGUUCGACAAGUACGCGCUCGUCGGCCUCGUCGUCAUGAGCUGCAUGCCGACUACGGUGUCGUCCAACGUGACGAUGACCGGCCUCGCAGGCGGCGACGUCGCCGGCACGACGAUCGAGGUCCUCCUAGGCAAUACGCUCGGCGUGUUUAUCAGCCCGGCGCUCCUCGAGAUGUUCCUGUCGAGCUCGACGUGGGCGUUCGGCAAGCCCGUCGCGUCCGGCGCCGGCGGUCUCGGCGAGGUGUACCGGCAGGUCAUCGAGCAACUCGGGUACUCCGUCUUUAUCCCGCUGUUCGUCGGCGAGUGCGUCCAGUGGGCAUUCCCGAAGCAGACCAAGUGGGCCUUGCGCACGUUCUACCUCGCGAAAGUCGGGACCUUCUGCCUGCUCCUCGUCAUCUGGUCUACUUUCUCGGGAGCGUUCUACGCCGGCUCGUUCGAGCGCAUCUCGGGCGAGGCCAUCGCCAUGAUCGUCACCGUCAAUCUGGGCCUGCAUCUUCUCUUCUCGGUCGUCAUCUUUGCCGUCUGCCGGCUCGUGCCGGUCCCGCAAGGCAAAGCUACUCGCGGCCUGGACGGCAAGCGGGCGGUCGGUCCCCUCCUCUCGCCCGAGACGACCAUCUCGGCGCUCUUCUGUGGAGGAGCGAAAGGCGCUGCCCUGGGAGCUCCCAUCGUCAGUAUCCUCUACGGCGGUCUCACGCCCGAAGCGCGAGGGAUCGUCUCGCUCCCCCUCGUGCUCUACCAGCCAAGUCGCGCUCGGCCAGGGCGCCGUCUACAUCCUGCGCCGAUGGAACGAGCGGCAGAAGCUCGUGGCGAGGGAGGCAGAGGAGGGCAAGGGGCGCGAGGGGGACGAGGAGGCGUCGAGAGGUCCGGGCGAGGGUCGCUUAGACGGUGGGCCAGAGACAGAGGGCAAGUAGAGCUAUUGUAUUAUACGAGCAUG